AGAAGAGAAGAUGAGUUUCUUAAAGAUUCUGCUCAUUGUUUCUCUUCGCCUGAUACUUUUUGAAACAGACACUUGCGAAGGCGUCCACCGCGAUAGAAAAAGAGAAGACGCUACACAUGAUGAGUUAAGCGCGCCGGCAGGCAAGAUAAGACAUUAUCAUCUGAAACUCAAUAACCCGAGAAGGAUUAAGGAAAGGAAAGGAAGAGCCUUGUGUCAUUUCUCUCCUCAAAAGCCCAGAGCCCGACGAUCUGGUUAUACUUCAAAGCGCUGCUUUGAUUUCUGCCCAUACGGUUUUCCCCCACCAGAGGUAUCCUACCCAUGCGGAGGUGUAGGUUGGCCUACGGUCCCCGACCCGUGGUGGCCAGAAUACGGCUGGGUGGAAGGAUGUGGCUAUCCUCUUCCGGGAGGUGGUCCGUAUAGUCAACCCUACCCAUGGUUCCCUGCUGGAUGUGGUUGCUGCUGUCCAAAGGAAGAACGUGGCAAAGAAGGAGGUAAGCCGACCGAAGCACCCACCGGCGGGAAACAGCCUACAAAGGAAACAAAAGAAGUUAAGACACAGCCGACCAGCCCUAGCGGAGGCAGUUCUGGCUCUGCAAGCCCCAAAGGUAGUCAACCAACCACUGGCACCCAAGGUACCUUGCGGACCCUAUCAACCAGUAGUACAGCCCGUGACUCCUCAAGAAACCUCAAACUACAUUCGCCCACCGUCUUUGUACUAAAAAACCGUUUUAAGUCUCUUAAAGACAGAAUGAGGCUUAUGAAACAGCAUGCACUGCGAAAAAAUGAUCCCGGACGCUCUUUGCAAGUAAUCGUAGAGAACUUUCGAGACUAGGUGUAUACACAGUAGACCUCAGUACUUAUGAUAGCAUUAAAUUUAUUUUUUGCAAGAAUCAAAGUGAUACGGUCCAUGCAAAAUCCUAAAUAUGGAAUUAAAGUGUACUUCACUUUA